AUGCCCCCGCGCCGAAGACCUCCUCCAGCGGGGGCGCGGACAGACCUUCCACCGCUGAAAAUCGUCCGCAAGAUCCUGGUCCUCCAGCUUGCCUACUAUGUUACCGCGACGGCCCUGAUCUUGUUCACAACGCUGGUCUACGGCACGGCGUUCUCGCUGGACCUAGUACUCGGCUGGAAUACAUUACGAGGAGAUACGACGCUGGGUUGGAUGCUUGGGCUGGUGUGGAUGUUGAACAGCUUUCUAUGUGUUAUAUUCCUUCUCCUCCUCGUUUCGCGGUCUAAGCUUAUCCCCGAUUUCGCUCUUACGAUUCAUUUCUUGCAUCUUAUCACGACGUCGUUAUAUACACGCGCGAUUCCAUCUAAUUUUCUCUGGUGGGGUCUGCAAUGUGCCAGCGCAGCGUUUAUGGUUUCCCUGGGGAUCUGGGCGUGUCGGUGCAGAGAGCUUCAACCGAUCAGCUUCGGGGGUAUUGGUACUGGGCAGAACUCGGAUCGAGGAUCGGCUCAGGCGAGCAGCAGCAAUGCGUACGAGAUGGUGAAUAUGAAGGGAGACAACGCGGUAUAG